AUGAGCACCAAGGCGGACAAGCAACUGGGAGCCGUGGCCUUGAAAGUCAGGGAGGGCUACUCGAAUCUGUGGCCCAAGAUCAGAGCAUCGCUGCAGUACGUCUACAAGCACCACUUCCAGAACUACGACUGGUUUCUAAAGGCUGACGAUGACACUUGUGUUGUGAUUGCACGCAACAGCACGAGAAGAAAUGAUUCAGAAGCUUGUGAAAGUGUUCCGGGAACAAAGCGUCGCGAAAUUACAGUCGAAAACUCUUCGGCUUCAGUACCAAUUUCCCAGGGAAAUGAAGAGAAAAACCCAGCUGCAUCUUUGGCUCCGAAAACACCCGAAAUCUUUUUACUGAACACCUACUGCUGGGAAAGAGUUAUCUCAUAUUUGAGCGUGGGUGACCAAUUGAGACUGGCUGCAUCAAGUCCGCAUCUUAAAUCACUUUUCGAAACUUUAAGUCUGAAAUACAAACGAAUCACAGAAAACGUCGCAUGGCAAUUAAGCGAAAACGAGCUCUCUCAAUUGCUGGAAAUUGUUAAUGAGAAUGUGAUCAGCUAUGAGUCACCGCUGGGUCCUCAUUUCGAUGGAGAGCGGAAUUUGUGGCUAUUGCGGACCUUCUGUCCACGAUUGGAACACUUGAAAAUAUCUAUUGAACGGCCGAGAUGGAAUGAUCUCUUACAGUUGAAGAGUCUUACAUCCCUGCACGUCUAUCUUCAAUUCUCGAGGGCAAAGAUGUUUAAGCAUUUUGUUCGCAGCCUAGCGAAACUGCCCUGCCUCCGGAAAUUGAACUUAAAGGCACCAGGCUAUAGUGGAGAUGGGCUGCAUGUGCUGGAGAAUUUAGAAUCUCUGGCGUUUUGUGCUUAUAAAGGAUUAAAUGCCAAGUGUUUGGCCACGGCCUGCCUGAAAAUGAAACAACUCCGCCACCUAGACUUUGGAGAAUUCAUUGAAACACUCACCGCGGACCACUUGAGGGUAAUUGUGAGAAACUGUCGCAAUCUGGAGAGUUUACUCUUGGCUGAAACAUUUAUGCCUAAAAAUGUGCCCUACGAAAUCCUGUGCCAGUUGCCCAAACUGAAGUACUUGAAAAUUUGGCAUUCUGGCUUUCUGGAGGCAGGUUUCAUCGAGGGACUGAUUCACAAAACAGACACUCCGCUGGAAAGCCUCAUUUUGAAGGGAGACGUCUUGCGUGCCGAACAGGUGGAGCAUAUCUGCGAGAUUUCCUCGCUAAGGGAACUUUUCAUCCGCUGCUAUAGUGUUCCCUUGAGUGGCCUGCUUAAACUAAGGAACUUGGAAAUUCUGAAACUGGAUACGAGUGAAAUUACCAACCACCAACUGUUGACGAUCCUCGAAGGCUGUCCGCUAAUCAGAGUGCUCGGUCUGAGUGCUCGACUAUUGAUCAACUCAGAUUUUGUUCGAGAUGCAACUCGAUUGUUUGGAUGCAGAAAAAUCAAGAUCUAUCUACAAGUUCUAUAUGUUAAUCGGAAUAUUUUAGAAACCUUAAAUGGAAAUAGGUUUAUUCAAUUCGAAUUGGCCUUUCUUGAUUAACGAAUAAUUUAGCACUGGACUUAAAAGCACAUAACUUAUUGAGCAGUUUUGAAGUUAUUUCUAAGAAAUCAGCAAAAAGCCAAAUAAACCCCCAUUAUUAAACGACACAACCAUUACGACUUUUAAUUUAGACUCAGAAAUCUUUUUGUAUUUGCAAAAUGCCCGAAACUGGAAUUUUAAACUGCGAUCAUCGUUCCACCGCUGACUUCUCAGGCCAACUUCAUAUGUUCUUACCUUCUCUCUAUAAGGCUUGAGAACUAACUCGACCAGAUCUGCAAAGCCAGAGCUGUAGAAGUAUAUCAGCAACUCGAUCGCCAAAAGCCAGAACAAGGAUGAUAGGGUCAAAACUCGGAACAAGCCAAGGAAGCGCAUUUUUCGAAUUAAACGAAAGGUUUCUGAUAUAUUUGGCAUACUCAGAAAACUCGAAUAAAUUAUUGAUUGUAAAGCUUAAUGGAUGGAUUUGUAAAUUAGUUUUUCGUCGUUAAAAUAAUAUUUAUUUCAAAAAUCAAAAUUGUCUGAUGAAAAGCAACGAUGUUAUCAGUUUAUGUCCGUUAAUUCUAUAUAGAUUUUUGAUCUUUCCUGUGGCAGCUAUAUGAUAUAGUUGUCCGUUUUUUUUUUGAAUUGUUUUACUCGGUUUAAGGGUAGUUAAAAAGUCGAUGUUGUAAAAAUGAUGCUCGUGGAAUAAAAAACAAAGACGUUAUAAUUUUUUUGCCAUUAUUUCUACAUGUAUUUUUCGAUCUUUCCUAUGGCAGCUGUAUGAUAGAGUUAUCCGAGUUAACCCAACCCCAUUAUCUAUUCCUACACUACUGCCUUCUAAAAGAAGCAGGAUUUCAGGUACACUAAAAACCAACUUUUCCAUCUUCCGUAUUAUCAUAAAUUUUGUUAUCAUCAAAUUUAAAAAAUUGUAUUGCAUACAGCUUACGCUUCAUGACAUUUAAAGGCAAGGACUAAGUAGGUAAAUAGAAAUACAACGCAAUAUUCCCUUUUAUGUUAAAAAGCUUUUUCAAGCUUUAACAGUGGUGGUUCAUGAAUCAUGAUAAAUAAUUAUGAAAGUAUCAGAACACCGUUGAAAUUUGAAUUUAAGUUCGCGGCUUACCCUUCCCAAUAUUUUAAAAGAAAUGUAAGUAUUCGGUGGAAUAUCUUUUGAAAUGAGAAUACCUAAUCGAAGGAUGGCUUUCAAUUGAUUCCCUCCACCAUCCCUUACUAUUUUUAAUCGAUUCCCACAUAGGGAGGUUUGCAGAAACCAGUAUUGUCAACCCCCGAAUGCAAACAAGAAAUCUGGGAGGGAUGGAUCUGUAUCCAGUAUCAUGUGUGUGCCGGAACGAAAUAAUGGCAGAGGCCAAUCAAUGAAUUAUAUACGAGCACAUGUCCAUGUCCUGCAGCACCCAACCCUUAUAGCUUAUAGCUACCCCACCAUAUCCACCCAAACUCGCAAUCCCGUGAUGAAAACAUCGACAGGGCAAUUGAAACAAACGUUUUAUUGGCAUUUAAUAGAUGCCAAUAGGUGUAUGUACGUACGGUUUUCACUUUUACGUAAUUACAAUAAUUUAUUUCAUCGUUCAAAAUUGUUUCAUACUCUCUUUUUCGAUUCGUGGUUCUGUUCAUUGCCUUUCGGUACUACUGGAUGUUCUUUUCGCACUGAGCAGAUACAUAAAUAAUUGGUAUUUACAAAAUGCAUGGUUCUUUAACAUUGUCUGUGGUAUCGUUAUAUCUGUAUCAAAUCGGCUUAUUAUCUGCGGCAUAUGUAUCAGUUUUAUUGAACUCAACCAUUCAGUUGACGGUAAGCUAUAGCUUAUAUAUAAGCGGUAAGCCUUCUGCUUCUGGAUCUGGGUCAGUGGGUGGUCUGUGUCUAUGUAUGUCUUUUUGGGUUAUAUCAUAUAGUAGAUUGGCGGAUAGUGGUUGGGUGUACAGAGUACCUUGAUUGACCAACUGGGCACAUUUCUUUGUCAAAUAUCAGUCGUUAUAUUUUAAGAACUCGUUUUGGGUGUGUAUAAAUAGUAUGGAUACCCUUACUAAUAGAUACAUGUAACAUUAAAAGUUUAUUUCUUGCUCAUUAUUCGAUUCUCGGGUCGGUUUUUACAAUUUACAAAUUAAUUAGGCUUAUCAUCGAUAAUCGAUCCUUUAGCACAAUUAAUCAACAAAAUAAUAAACCCUUCGCUUUAAUACUGACAUAAGUACUUAAGAUUAGUCAUAGUUUAUAGUUAAAUGCUGAAACGAAACAGAAGGGCAGAACUCAAACUUCCCGAUGUGUUUUAUUCCCCAAAAGCGAAGACCAAGAAAGUCCCAGUAGUUGGGGUUUGGGAAAUUUUUGGGAGCGUUACUGUGGCCACAGUGGGCGCGAAAAUUUUGAAACCAUAGCUAAAACUUGAGUGUCAUUGAAUGCGUGUCGAAAUCGGUUUUCAAUGAGUUUUUCGAUUUAUUUAAAUACAAUUUUUAUGUUUUAUUUGUUUUGUAUUUAAUUGCAUUUGCUGUUUCUUUUUCAUUUUUAAAUUGUUCACUUUUGUAUUUUUUGUUUCUUUCGAUCAUUCAUAAAUGUAACGUCUAAUUUAAUAAUGAAUUUUAAUAUUUUGUGUGUGUGUGUGUGAGUGUCUGUGUUUAAUUCACGGGCUUCGUUUACGCUACUUGUUCAAUCUUUGUAUAUUUUGUUUUACGCAUAAACUGGGCAUUUAAAUUAGGACUUAUGACAUAAAGGAAAGAAAGAUUUUGGUUUUGUUUUUUUUUUUUAUGUAUAUAGUGGGGAUGUUUACUUCUUGUUGGUUUCCGUAUAGAUUGCUUUUAUACGAAAAUGCCUUCAAUUACAAUUUUUGUUUGUUUUGUAGUUUUUUAUAAAAAAAGUACACAUAAAAUACAA